CGCCCGGCCGGAGGCGGGAGGAGGCCGGCCAGCACCUCGGCGGCGGGAAGGUGGCGGCCCCUGACGGGGUGGGCUCGCCGCACCUCGGGGCGGGGUCGCCCGGCCUCUCCCCGCCCGGUUCGCGGUCGCCCUCCCGCCUCCGGGGGCCGCGAGCUCGGGCUCCGGCGCCCGGGCGACGGCGCGGCGGCCGCCAUGGGUAACAAGCAGACCAUCUUCACGGAGGAGCAGCUGGACAACUACCAGGGCAUCCGUCUCUGACCUCUCCGCCAGCCCGUGAACGCACUCCCCAGCACCAUGCACACAGUGCCCUGGGCCAGGACUGCACCUUCUUCAAUAAGAAGGACAUCCUCAAGAUGUUUACGGGAAUUUGUGGCCGCAGAGCAGGCUCGCAUCACCUUGCUCUGUGUGUGCCCUGCAUGCGCUCUCAGCCAGGUGCCGAUGGGCCGGGAGGAGCCAAAUGGUUGGAAUCUGGAGGGCCUUGGGUUCGAGUCCCUGCCCCAUCACUCACUGGCUGGCUGCAUGCACGGUUCUACGAGCUGGCCCCCAACCUCGUCCCGAUGGACUACAGGAAGAGCCCCGUCGUCCACGUGCCCAUGAGCCUCAUCAUCCAGAUGCCGGAGCUCCGGGUACGAGAGGCCACUGCUGCCGGGCAGGAGAACCCCUUCAAGGAAAGGAUCGUGGAGGCUUUUUCUGAGGACGGCGAGGGGAACCUCACCUUCAACGACUUUGUGGACAUGUUCUCCGUGCUGUGCGAAUCGGCUCCCCGGGAGCUCAAGGCAAACUAUGCCUUCAAGAUCUACGCCGCUGUGCCGCUUUCAGGGGCCUGGUCUCACCCCGUUGUAUGUGUGCGUCAGAAGGACGGAAGCAGGGGGUCCACGCUGCACGAGCUGUGCCUCCAGUUCACGCCCAGAGCUUCCCUGCUGCACCUGUCACCCUCCAGUCUUGGACCCCUGACGUCGUGCGCAGGGCAUCGUGCAAGGGACUUCAACACGGACAACUUCAUCUGUAAGGAGGACCUGGAGCGCACGCUGGCACGGCUCACCAAGUCGGAGCUGGACGAGGAUGAGGUGGUGCUCGUGUGUGACAAGGUCAUCGAGGAGGCUGACCUGGACGGCGAUGGCAAGCUGGGCUUCGCGGACUUUGAGGACAUGAUUGCCAAGGCCCCCGACUUCCUCAGCACCUUCCACAUCCGGAUCUGAGGACAAUGCCGAGGGCGCAGGGGCCCCGAAGCCGGCGUCUGGCUCUGCUGUCUACACAAGUGUGACCUCCAAGCUGCCCAGAAAAGAGGCUGCGGCCUCUGGGGUUAGACCCACGACAUUUCCUCGGCCCUUUCAGCAAAAAAUCCUUAACCAGGGAGGGGGGUGUGGGGAGCAGGGCCCUUCCCAGGCCCCGCCACAGGCCCUCCGUCUGUGCCCCCGAGCCCCCAGAUCCCAGUCGUCUCCCCAUCAGAAAUGGCCCCACCGGGAGGGGAAGGCAGAGACCUCAUGGGGCAGGGGAUUCGGACGUGUCCCAAGUGCUGGGCAGGUGUCCCGGUCACCCAGGGCGAAGUGAAAAGGGAAAGAGGACAAGGUUUCACAAGCUAUGCAGUCAUUCUCCAAAACCCACAGCUGGGCUGCCCCCUGGCCCUGCCUGGUCCCCUCCUCCCCCGACCCCCCCAACGUGAAGCUGUGUGGACAGUGGGCCAAGGGCUCCGUCCCUAUCCCUGGCUCUGAGGCCUGGGCACCCCAGCCCCUGACCCCCUAAGAUGUGGAAUUCUCACUGGUGCGUGCUGUCCACACAUUUGUGAAUUCCCGGCAGUAAAGCACUUGAUGUCCCCGUGCUCUGUCUGCCAACAUUAAGGCACGCUCAGUGGUCCCUUUCUCCUGCUCCUUGAAAUCCCACCGCUGGUGGGUCACCUCUGGGUCAA